CCCAACCCAUUUCUUACUCCACACCAAGUCAACAGAGUCUUCUCCCACGCGCAUCAAUUAGCGCGUGCGGACCUUCUCUCAUUUCCCUUCUGAAACGCCUCUCAAAUAGCCCGACCGUACUUCUCCAGAAAUCUCACAGUAACAUCACAACAGUUAAGGCCGAAGGUACAACAGAAACUGCACUGCGUCCAACAUACUGACAGCCAUGAACGUGUUCCGGCUCGCUGGAGACAUGACCCACCUCCUUAGCGUCAUUGUUCUCCUCCUCAAGAUACGAACGAUGAAAUCAUGUGCUGGGAUUUCAUUGAAGACCCAGGAGCUUUACACCAUUGUUUUCCUUGCUCGGUACCUCGAUUUGUUCACGAGGUACUACUCCUUUUACAACACGGUGAUGAAGCUGGUUUUCAUUGGGACAUCGGUCUGUAUUGUAUGGUACAUGAGGUAUCACAAAGUUGUUAAGCAAACAUAUAAUAAAGAUCAAGAUACUUUCCGGCAUUAUUUCCUGAUCCCUCCUUGCCUUCUGCUGGCCCUUUUAGUCCACCGAUCGUUCACUGUAAUGGAGGUUCUCUGGACAUUCUCUCUUUAUCUAGAAGCAGUGGCGAUUUUACCACAAUUGAUACUAUUGCAGCGGACUAAGAAUAUCGACAACUUGACUGGGAAUUACAUAUUUCUUCUUGGUCAUUUGUUUGUUUUGCCACCGGCUAUGUUAUCUGAUCUCGUGGUGGUUAUUGACGUAAUGAAUUACCUGAGUGCAUAUCGGGCUUUCUAUCUUGUUAAUUGGGUCUACCGAUUCUUCACGGAGCAGCAUAAAGCUCGCUGGAUCCCUUGGUUAUCAGGACUUGUACAGACUGCACUUUAUGCCGACUUCUUCUAUUACUACAUAAAAAGCUGGAAAAACAAUGAGAAGCUCAAGCUUCCUGCCUGAAUUUUAAGAUGGAGAUAUUCGAUUGCUGUCGAACAACAUUACAUGAAAAAAUACGGGGAUUACUACCUAACCUGUCUGACACAUUAGAAUAUAUGUCGAAAAUGGUAUUCGGCUUUGCACUUUCCUUUUUCCCUUCUUUUUUUUUUUUUUUUUU